AUGUCUACACCCGCCGCUGCUCUACCAACCGCAGGCGCGACCAACGCCGCCGCACCUACUGCAUCAGCCGCCGCCCAGGUCUUCAACACCCCAGAGCUUCUUGAGAACGUGCUUCUGCGGCUCGACAUGCGCAGCAUCCUCCGCGCUCAACAAGUCUCCACUCAUAUCAAGAAACACCAUCGCUGGAUUCAAGAAGCUCUUGGUACCGACGGCUUCAACAGCUUGGCUAUCAGCUUGGAGAUGAUCCCUGCUCAGCAGAGCCAGCUGUGCCACGACGGGUUUGCCCUACAAUGCAAAAUCGUCCUCCAUCCUCAACAUGGUGACUCCGACGACGAAUACGCCAUCAACCUCUCCAUCAGACCCAUGAAUGAAUUCCGGUGGUGCCACUAUCGGCCGUCAUGGUACUACAUGUACCUUGUGCAACCGCCUGCCGAGCUCACAUACGACUUCUAUUUUGAUUUUCUGAACGAACAAGGCGAACCCACCAAGGCUGAAAGCUACAUCGGCAGCUUAUCGCCCGUGUUCGAUUUGGAGAGCAAGACCAUAGGCCAGAUCUGCGAGACUUUGGUCGCUGGCGUAGCUGAAGAGAUGCUAGCGAUACACAUUGGGUGUAGAUGA